AUGGGCAAUACCACCAGCAUUACUGCUGGACGUGACUGUCUCGUAUCCGCCGUCGGAGGCGUUGCUGCUCAUGUCGCGUUCCAAGAUACACUUCUUUAUCAGGCUACCGCAGUCGAGCUAUACAACUUGAAUAUCCCGGUCACCCCGGCGGCAGUCACAUACCCUCAAUCAACGGACGAAAUCGCUGCUGUUGUCAAAUGUGCCUCCGACUAUGACUACAAAGUGCAGGCUCGCAGUGGAGGCCAUAGUUUUGGCAACUACGGCCUCGGAGGACAAAAUGGUGCCAUCGUGGUCGAUAUGAAGCACUUCUCGCAAUUCUCCAUGAACAAGUCAACCUUCAUCGCGACCUUGGGUCCCGGAACAACUCUAGGCAAUCUGGACACCGAGCUUUACCAUGCAGGCAACAGAGCGAUGGCACACGGUAUUUGCCCGACCAUCCGGACAGGUGGCCACCUGACGAUGGGCGGAUUGGGCCCGGCAGCGCGCCAGUGGGGCCUAGCGCUUGACCAUGUUGAGGAAGUCGAGGUGGUUUUGGCAAACUCGAGUGUUGUGCGAGCGUCGGAUAUUCAGAACCAGGAUGUGUUCUUUGCCGUGAAAGGUGCUGCUGCUAGCUUUGGGAUAGUCACAGAGUUCAAAAUACGCACGGAGGAGGCACCUGGCCUGGCCGUACAAUAUUCGUACCCGUUCAAUCUGGGGACUCCUGCCGAGAAGGCGAAGCUCGUCAAGGAUUGGCAGGCAUUUAUAGCCCAGGAGAACCUCUCCUGGAAGUUUGAAUCCAACAUGGUCAUCUUCGACGGCCAGAUCAUUCUCGAAGGUAUUUUUUUUGGCUCAAAGAAGGAGUACGAUGAGCUCGACCUGGAGAACAAAUUCCCCACCAGCGAGCCCGGUACUGUGCUAGUUCUGACGGAUUGGCUGGGGACGAUCGUUCAUGGACUGGAAGAUACCAUUCUGAGGCUGGUCGGAAACUCCCCGACUUGGUUUUACGCCAAGUCACUCGGAUUCACCCCCAGCACGCUGAUUUCUGAUUCAGCCAUCGACGGCCUCUUCGUUUACAUCCACAAGACCAACCCCGGCACUUUGGCCUGGUUCGUCACGCUCAGCUUGGCGGGUGGAGCUAUCAAUGCCGUGUCUGAAGAUGCCACAGCAUAUGGCCACCGCGAUGUGCUUUUCUGGGUCCAAAUUUUCGUAGCCAACCCGCUUGGUCCAAUCUCGCAAACUACGUAUGGUUUUGCCAAUGGACUCUACAAUGUUCUGGCUCAGGCAGUGCCAGACAGUGCGGGACACGCAUAUCUCGGAUGUCCAGAUCCUAAGCUGCCCGAUGCCCAGUGUGCAUACUGGCGUAGUAACCUUCCACGGUUGGAAGAGCUCAAGCGAGACUUAGAUCCAAAGGACAUCUUCCACAAUCCGCAGGGUGUUCAGAUUGUCUCCUGA